AAUGUGAGAGGGGCCGGUGUGUGUGGAAGCUGAUAGGCAGGGGACAGUGCUGGAUAUGACAGCAGCAGCAGCAGAGCAGGGGAGCGCUUAGCAGCUCGCUCAGUGUCCCAUUCACAUCCCGGCAAGGAUCCAAGCAUGGAAUGGUGCCGUGGGGCAGUCACUGGCACUCUGCUCCUGGCCUUGGCUUGCUCCCUUCUGAGCUCUCGUACUGCUCGUUCUGAGGAGGACCGGGACACCUUGUGGGAUGCUUGGGGUUCCUGGAGUGAAUGUUCUAGGACCUGUGGGGGUGGAGCUUCAUAUUCGUUAAGAAGGUGUCUUAGCAGCAAAAGCUGUGAAGGUCGCAAUAUUAGGUACAGAACAUGCAGUAAUGUGGAUUGUCCAGCAGAAUCGGGAGAUUUUCGUGCUCAACAGUGUUCUGCUCAUAAUGAUGUCAAGUAUCAGGGGCUGUAUCGUGAGUGGCUUCCAGUUCACAAUGACCCAGAGAACCCAUGCUCCUUAAAGUGUCAAGCAAAGGGUACAGCUCUUGUUGUGGAAUUGGCACCCAAGGUUCUGGAUGGUACCCGAUGUUACACUGAAUCACUGGAUAUGUGCAUCAGCGGUGUGUGCCAGAUUGUUGGCUGCGAUCACCAGCUAGGAAGCACGGCAAAGGAAGAUAAUUGUGGUGUCUGCAAUGGAGAAGGGUCUACCUGCCGUUUGGUGCGAGGAACAUACAAAUCUCAACUUUCUGCAAAUAAACUGGAUGAUACUGUAGUCGUUAUUCCUUAUGGAAGCAGACAUGUCCGUUUGGUGCUUAAAGGGCCCGAUCACUUGUAUUUAGAAACCAAAACAUUGCAAGGUAUAAAAGGAGAGAAUAGCCUAAGUAACACUGGCUCCUUCCUUGUGGAUAACACUAGUGUGGACUUUCAAAGGUUCCCUGAUAAAGAAAUCCUCAGAAUGGCCGGUCCUCUUUCUGCAGACUUCUCUGUUAAGGUUCAUUACGCUGGAGCAGCUGACAGUGUGGUACAGUUCAUUUUCUACCAACCCAUUAUACAUCGAUGGAGAGAAACCGACUUUUUCCCCUGCUCGGCUUCAUGUGGAGGAGGUUACCAGCUGACUUCUGCUGAAUGUUAUGAUCUAAGAAGUGGGCGGGUAGUAGCAGAUCAGUACUGCAACUACUAUCCUGAAAACGUGAAGCCAAAACCAAAGCUCCAAGAGUGCAAUAUGGACCCCUGCUUGGCCAGUGAUGGAUACAAGCAAAUUAUGCCUUAUGACCUUUAUCAUCCACUUCCAAGGUGGGAAAACACUCCUUGGACAGCCUGCUCUUCUUCCUGCGGUGGGGGGAUCCAGAGUCGCACAGUUUCUUGUGUUGAGGAAGAUAUCCAUGGACAAAUUAGCUCUGUGGAAGAGUGGAAGUGCAUGUAUACUCCAAAGAUGCCUAUUGUACAGCCUUGUAAUAUUUUUGAUUGCCCUAAAUGGCUGGCUCAGGAGUGGUCACCGUGUACUGUUACGUGUGGGCAUGGACUGAGGUACCGUGUGGUUCUCUGUAUUGAUCAUAGGGGCAUACAUACAGGAGGGUGCAGCUCUAAAACAAAACCUCAUAUCAAAGAAGAAUGCACAGUGCACAUACCUUGCUACAAGGCUAAAGAGAAACUACCUGUAGAAGCCAAGUUGCCAUGGUAUAAACAAGCCCAAGAGCUGGAGGAAGUGACUGCAGUGUCAGAAGAACCUUCGUUUAUUCCAGAGCCUUGGUCUCCAUGCAGUGUUUCUUGUGGAGUAGGCAUCCAGCAUCGAACAGUAAAGUGCCAGGUUUUGUUGACAUUUGCCCAGACAAUUGCUGAUCUCCCUCUUGAAGAGUGUGAAGGAACAAAACCCGCAACACAACAAACAUGUUACAGUGGGCCCUGCAAUGGUGAAGCUAUGGAUUAUAAUCCUGACGAGGAUGAGCUUAGUUACGGAGGGCUGAAAGAUAUUGAAGAACUUUAUGACUGGGAGUAUGAAGGAUUCACUGAGUGCUCAGAAUCCUGUGGUGGAGGCCUGCAAGAAGCCAUAGUGGUUUGCCUGAACAAACAGACAAGGGUGACAGUAGGCGAGAGUCUGUGUGUGGCCUCCAGGCGCCCUCCACCUCUUUUAAAAUCCUGUAAUAUGGAGGCUUGUCCCCCAAGGUGGGAGAUUGGAAACUGGAGCACUUGUAGCCUGACCUGUGGGGUGGGUCUGCAAACCAGAGAUGUCUUUUGCUCUCACCUCAUUUCGAGAGAGACAAAUGAAACUGUAGUCUUGGGAGAUGAUUUUUGCAGACAACCAAAGCCUACUUUAGUUCAGGCCUGCAAUCGCUUUGAUUGUCCGCCAGCAUGGUACUCUUCAGAAUGGAAGCAGUGUUCCCAAACGUGUGGAGGAGGCAUUCACACUCGUGAGGUUCUAUGCAAGCAGCGACUUUCUGAUGGCAGUAUUUUAGAAUUACCAGAAACCUUUUGCUCCUCUUCAAAGCCUCCAUCUCAGGAUCUUUGUGAGAAUGAAGACUGCCCAGGAGAGUGGCAUAUAACUGACUGGUCUCAGUGCUCGGUGACCUGUGGAGAGGGAACGCAAAUUCAAAAUGCUGUUUGUAGGAAGAAGCUGAAAACUGGGCAAUACAUUGUAGGGAAUUCUUCUAUGUGCCCCUCUAUCAAUCUCUUGGUCAGACCUUGCUCAUUAGCAACUUGCACAAGAUCCAAACAUGGUCAUAAACAGAGCCCUCAGAUAACAGGGUUAAGGAAACUGUACAUCCAGACCAGAAGACAGAAGAAGUUGCAGUUUGUUGUGGGAGGAUAUGCUUAUCUACUUCCCAAGACUUCUCUUGUGCUGCGGUGUCCUGUGAGGAGGUUUCGCAAACCACAAAUAAUUUGGGAAAAGGAUGGAAAGCACUUGAUCAGCUCUGAGCAUGUUACUGUUGCACCUCAUGGAUACAUCAAAAUACAUAAUCUUAGACCCAGUGACACUGGCAUUUAUACAUGCAUGGCAGGGCCUAGCCAGGAACAUUUUAUCAUUAAACUCAUUGGAGAUAACAACAAGAUUAUCUCCCACUCUUCCAGGACAAGAGAAGAAGAGGUUGCGAAAAAAGGAAGGAAAAAUGAAGCUUACCAUCGGACCGAGAAACAGCAAAAUGCAAGUCUUUUUAACAGAAGUAAGACUGAAAAGCAAGGUCAAAUAACAGAUCCUAGCAGUGUUUAUGAUAGUAUUGUUUCCCAUCUCUUGGCAUUAAAAGUGUUAUCUGACAGAAACAUUGAUCCACCAGAACAUCAAGAAUCUUUUGAGAAAAAUAUAUCAGCUGAAGAGGACCAUGUUGUUGAGCAUUCUUUGCCCUACACUUUUGUCACUGAACUUAAGCGCUUGGAUGACAUUAUUCGAUCAUUAUCUCAGCAACCUGUUGAACUCCAGGAUAAUUUCAGUAGGCAGAUUCUGUUACAGUUAACUCAGGACAUGAGAAGCCAUUCAGAAAGCCAUGAAUCCCCUGUGUUUAAAACUGACCUAAAACAGAUUGGUCCAGGAACCUCAGAACAUUCAUUGUAUAAACCUGUUUCUGGAUUAUCUAGUUCCUGGAGGUCUUCGUCAGUGGAAGCAGAACUCUCAGAAUCUUACGAGUCUCUGCACAUGCUCAGGAAGCCAGUCAUUUUAAGGAAAAUAUCAGCAGCUCAACAGUUUUCUGCUUCUGAGGUUGUCACUCAUAUUGGGCAAACUGUAGCGUUGGCUAGUGGAACACUUAGUGUCCUGCUUCAUUGUGAAGCAGGCGGUAAUCCCAAGCCAGUUAUUAGCUGGGCAAAGAAUGGAGAGGAAGUGAAAUACAGUAAUAGGAUCCUUCUCAAAUCUGAUGACUCUUUGCAAAUACUGGAACCAGUUGAAGCAGAUGUUGGAUUCUAUACCUGCAAUGCAACCAACUCACUGGGUUAUGCAUCAGUUUCUAUUGCAAUCACUCUAGCAGGUAAACCAUUAAUAAAGACUUCUAAGUCUGUAGUCAUUAACACAGACGCUCCAUCCAUCUCUGUCGAUGUGGGCAGUGUGGUGAAGACUAUUCAGGGAACAAAUGUUAGCAUCCACUGUCAAGUUGCAGGUCUUCCUGAAGCUGAGGUUUCAUGGUACAGAAAUAAAAGCAGACUUCACUCUAUUUCCCAUCAUAGUGAUGCAUCUCUGUCCAUUGGAAAUGUAACUAAGUCUGACCAAGGGUUCUACACUUGCAGGGCAGCCAAUGUCCAUGGGGAGGUAGCAGAAUCUACGCAGUUACAGAUUCUUGACUUUAAAAACUAUGGAGUGGAACGUUUAAGAACACUUUUCGCUGAGAUUGGCUCAGGCACCCCAUCUGUUAUGGCAUCUCCUACAGGAAACAAUCUCAUGGUAAAUCUAGGAGGAUCGGCCCUUAUAGGAUGUCCACUGAAAGGCCACAUAAUGCCCAACAUCUCCUGGAUCCAUGAGAGUCAACCUCUGGGCACAAAUGUGAGACUGAGGCAUGAACUUUUAGAAAACGGUCAGAUUCUUCGACUGACAAACAUAAGCAAGGACCACCAAGGCGAAUACAGAUGUAUCAUUAAGAACCCAUCUGAAUCAGUUAUUCAGAGAGCCUUUCUCUCCAUUCAAGCAUCACGUGAGUACCAGUGGUCUGCUGUUGGUUUUACACCAUGUUCAGCGUCAUGUGGUAACCGUGGAAUCCAACAUCCACAGCUGAGAUGUGUAUUGGACAAGGAAGAAGUCAACAUAUCUUAUUGCCUUGAAAAGCCAAGACCAUCCAUAAAGCCCACUGCCUGCAACAGAAGAGACUGUCCAGCAAGGUGGAUGGUCACAUCCUGGUCAUCUUGUUCACAGAGCUGUGGUGGAGGUUUUCAGACCCGUCGUGUCACUUGCCAGAAACUGACAAGUAUGGGACUUCCUGUCGCUGUAGCAAAUGAUGCUUGCACUGUCUUCUCUAAGCGACCUGUUGACAGUCAAAGCUGUAGUAGGCAGCUGUGUGUUGAGUGGACAACAUCACCAUGGGGACAGUGCCAUGGCCCCUGCAUUGGACCCAGAAUGGCUCUACAACACAGACAGGUUUACUGUAAGACAAGGGAUGGGACCAUUGUAUCUCCUGAGCAGUGCCAAGCUUUGCCACGGCCAUUAAAUACCCAGAAUUGCUGGGCAGAUAUCUGCAGUGUACACUGGCGGGUGUCCGCCUGGACCCUUUGCACAGCCACGUGUGGUAACUAUGGUUUCCAGUCCAGGCGGGUGGAAUGUGUGCACCAUCGCACCAACAAGUCUGUGCCUGAUCACUUGUGCUCCUGGAGGUCUCGUCCGAUAAACUGGCAACGUUGCAACAUCACUCCUUGUGAAAACAUUGACUGCAGAGACACCACCAGGUACUGUGAAAAGGUAAAGCAGCUGAAGCUCUGCCAACUUGCCCAGUUCAGAUCACGCUGUUGUGGGACUUGUGGGAAAGCAUAAACAUUUGUUGAGAAAUUCUUAAUGUACUCUACCCAUGAAAGGGGAAUAGGAAAAGAAAAAUUAUAACAGGUUGGCAACACUACAAUGUCCCGUGAUUCUAUUUAUUUUUGGUCAGCAUUUUAAAUGGCUUGACAUGAUUCUCUUCCAUUUAUGCUGGAAGACUGAAUGCUGUAAAUACCCGACAACAUCACUCCGUGCUAGCCACGAGUUGGAAAUUAAACUAAAACCUAAUGACAAUGCUUAAUAACUAAGCAUGAAGACAACCAGUUGGCUCAUGAACAAUAUGAAACCCACGGAGCUUUGUUCAUGACAAUAAAACAGCAUAGGAAAUUAAGGGAUUUUGUUGGAAUCCGAAUGUAACAAUGUGUAAAAAAUACAAUGGACAAGUUUGGACUCCAAUCAGGAUUUUGGAUGUACAUGUCAUUUUAUUGGUUUCAUUGCUUUUUUUUUUUUUCUUUGUAUUUUUCUUGUGCCGUCUCCAAUUUCCAUUUUCGCAAUGGAAUUCUUUGUGCAGAUUGAUAAAGAAGUAAUGUGUUAGACACUUUUGCUUUGGAUACAAAAAGGCAAAUCACAGGGUGGAUUCAUACGCAACAAACUGAAAGACAGAAUGUGAAAUAAUGCAUUACAGUACUGCACUGUAUGACACAUACCAAAAAGAAAAAGCAGCUCGGAUAACAUCGAAAGGUUUUUAUAUGCACAAUGUGAACACGGCACCUUAAUGACGACUUGGCCCAAGACUGUAUGCACAAGUGCUUUCCUAAGUGAAUCACAGACUCGACAGACUGCCAGCAUACUUUGCAUAAUAAUGAUUGGUCCAUUGCCCAGUAUUUACCACUGGCCGCAAGCACUUUAGGCUCAAGAUUUACUUGCAAGCAAGGCAAAACAAUAAGAAACGUGAAACAGGAAAUCCACUUUACAAAGAAAUAGAAAUUGUAAAACAAUGGGCACGCAUGUAAUGAUUUAAGCUUGUUUCGCACUUUGCUACCUGUACAUUAUGAUUUGGUUGGGAAUAGGGUUUUUAUAGCUUUUGUACCUAUCAAGGGGGUUUUCCACUUAAUAAGUGUAAAUUUAAAGUUGUCAUUCUUUAAAAAUUGGUUGUGUAACAAUAGUACAGCUAGGGUGACACCCCAUGGUUUAGCAGCAGAAUUGGCCACUUAUGAGGUUUUGACUGAAAUGCUUUUACCAUCUAAAAAAUAGAAUUUUGAAAGUGAGUAUCAUGUCUGGUGUCACUUUAAGGGGAACAAGCAAAUGCUUUUGUAUAACAGGCAGCUUGCAGGUUAUUAUGUUUUGUACUAAAAAGGAAAGGAAAAAAAUGCUGCCCUCUGCACCCAUAUUUAAUAUUCACAAUGUCAGCCAUGGUUUUCUGUAAAUGGAAAGCACAAACUUUUGGGGCUUGUUAUCUUUUUUUGUAAAUAAAUAGAAGUGCGUUAUGCCCUGAUAAUGUACUAUGUACAGAUCAGGAGGAUAUAAGUAAGAGUAGGUCCUGUGCAUACAAAGGGCUUGUAAUUACGCCUUCAGAUCUCAGCCAUUUUUUCUUAAUCAGCCUUUUUAGAUCCCCAGUUCAUGAAUCUUUAGUUUCACAAUUAUUUUCUUAACCUUCGUUUUCAUGCACAAACUGCAUUCUUUCACUACAAAUUGUUUGGUCAUGAAAUCCUUUAGUCAUUCAGUGCCAUGUGCAUGUUGGGUUCCUUUUAAUAAACCCCUUCCCUGAGCGCAAUUUUGCUACAUGACACAGUUCUAUUCACUGAGAGAAUGCUGCACAGAACAUUGACCAACUUAGGAAGCACUUAUAUUGGAUUUUAGUACACUAAUCAUU